CAGACAAGUGAUGGAUCCAGGAUUAGAACCCACAACUUUCCGCAUCCCAGGCCCGUGCUGUAUCCGCAGGACCCUCUCGGUGGAGCAGUCUGAGUGAAAUGCAAGAGAAUCUUCCUCCAGACAGCUCCCCUCCACCGGCCCCCAACCUGCUGGGACACGGUCAGAGACUUAAGGACUUGAGGGUCUCCAGUGCCAGGUUGCCAACUGGGCUUCUGGGCCCCAUCCACAGGGUGGGGAAGGGGCCUGGAGCGGCGGGGGCAGACUGCAGGUUAUUUAGAGCUUCCAGUGACAUCAGGAUUUGGUUUGAAGAGUGUGGAAACUGGCUACUUCCCAGCAGGGUCAGGAGGAGGUGAGGCUGCUGACGUUUCAAAAGAAUGUUCCCCACUUCCUCUAUCCUCACACCAGACAGACUCACCCACCCCAUUCCUCCCAGAGGCCCCAGUGGUGUUAGUGAGUGCUCUGCACAUAGUAAGCGCUCAAUAAAUACUAUUGAAUGAAUGAAUGAACGAGUGAGAAGAACGCUGCCCUUCAGCCCGGAGAAGUGCCAGCCUGCCCGGGCCUGGCUCCGUCUGCCCACCUACUGUCUGGUCUGGUCUGCACCCGCCGGUCCCUCUCCAUGCUGCUCUGUGUGACUCUGCUGGUCCUAGCUGCCAGCAGUGACCAAUCUGCCGCCCCCAAGCCAGCACUGACUCUCCAGCCUCCGUGGACCACCCUGUUUAGUGGGGAGUCGGCGAACCUGACGUGCGGAGAGACCAGCCCCCAGGCCCCGGGAAACACCACGUGGUAUCGAGAGGGCCGAGUGUGGGCAGAAACCCCAGGCCAGAGCAUACCUGUUCAGACGGCUGGCGUCUACACCUGCCGGAGACCAGCCUCGGCCCUCAGUGACCCUGUGACCCUGACUGUCUCCGGAGCCAUGCUGAUCCUGCAGGCCCCGCCUUGGUUGUUCGAAGGUGACCUCCUGACUCUGCAUUGCCGGAGCCGGGAGGGCCAGGCCGUCUCCCAAGUGACCUACCACUGGGAUGGGCAGCCCAUCCGCUCUCUGGGAGGAAAUGGCACCCUCCCCUCCGUGUCUGUGAGGCUGGAGGCAGGGGAGGCCCGGGGGGCCGGGGAAGCCAGAGAGGAUCUUUUCCACUGCUCUGCAAUUGUCAAGGAGUCAAGGGGGUCAAGGAAUGUGAUGUCACAAUCAGUCAACCUCCAGGUCAAAGAGCUGUUCCCUUCACCCGUGCUGAGAGCCGCCGCCUCUGUCGACCCCAGAGAGGGGAGCCCGCUGACCCUGACCUGUGACACACGGCUGGACCCCCUCAGGCCGGACUCCCGGCUCCUCUUCUCCUUCCUCCGAGACAACCGGACGGUGCGGGGCUGGGAUGGUUCCCCGGAGCACCGGAUCCCGGCAGCCCAGAGUGGGGACUCUGGCUCCUACCGGUGCGAGGCGGCCACAGAUACCAAGAGCGUCUGGAAACGGAGCCCCGAGUUGCAGAUCCGGGUGCAGCGUGAGUCCGGUCGAGGUGUCCUUCUCCCCUGCUGGCUGCGUUUCCUGCCCACCCUGGCGACGGGAAUCCUGUUUGCCGUGGACACAGGACUCUACGUCGUCCUACGGGAGAGAAUCCGGUUCGGGGAGCGGAGCAGAGGAAAGCGGUAGUCCCAGUGGCUCCCUGGCUCCUGGUCGAUGGCUGAUGUCUCAGCACAGAAAAAGCCGGCCGCAGGUUCUUGCCGCUGACCUCUGCCGCCACCGAUCCCCACUGCCACGGACCACCACCUCCAGGGACCACCCCCCUGCCACGGGCCACUACCUCCACAGACCACCACUGCCACGGACCACCACUGACACUAACCACCACUGCCACGGACCACCACCUCCAGGGACCACCCCCCUGCCAAGGGCCACCACCCCCACAGACAACUACCUCCACAGACCACCACCACGGACCACCACCAUCACGGAUCACCACCUCAGUGGACCGCCACCUCCACAGACCACCACCGCCACUGACAGAGGGGCUCUUAUCCUCCUUCCUCCACCUGUACCUUGCCUCUGCUCCCUGCCACGGCCCCUGUUCACCCCCACCCCAGCGGAGACCCCUCCCUCCUACCCGCCCACCAACCUAUCUCCCCCUCCAUCCUUUUCUAGGGAGAUCAAACGUGGGAGGAAGCAGACUACCAGCAUGGUAGUUACUGGUUAUCCCGGCUCUGCCACUUGUCAGCUGGGUGACUGUGGGCAAGUCACUUAACUUCUC